CUUCGAUGUUGUGCUGCGUUUCGAGAAGAGGUAUCGCAGGGGCGGAUCUAGGAUCCCCCUACGAUCACUGCUCAUCGAAAGAGCGACCUGUCGACUUGGAAAGAGUAGUAGAAUCCGGACAAUUUCAUGAACCAGUUACGUUACACCCCCUCAAACUCACCUUGGAAACUCGCAGGCGAGUUAUAUAUAAGAAAAAAAGCGCGUUGGAGAUGCCGCAUAAGGAGUGCAAAAGGCAUCCGUCGUUGGCGAUAAAUAACAGCGGCAUCGGCAUACGACGGAUUACGAAUCCGGGCGUGAAGGUGACAUUUCGAGGAAAAAAGAAGGCAAGAGUGUAGCGCGCGAGCAACACACUCAGUACAGUGGCGCUGUGGCAAGUGGUCGGGAAAGCGACGAGGACGGAAGGGAACGGUCGUGAGAGUAGGAACAACAAUAUCGGGCGCGCACGAUGCUCAAAACACGAGCGUGCGUAUAGCAGUUCGCUGUGUUAAUGUGUACACUCGUUGCGCCAAAGAAGGAAGGUUGCUCGGGCCGUGGGCGGGCAAUUCUCGCGGGGGCGACACCUCGUCCUCAUCCACCACCACCUCCUCCUCCUCCUCCUCAUCUUCAUCGCGGUGGACGCGUCGCCGUGUUAAGUGGAAUCGUGCAGGUGGCCGCAAAACAAAUCGAUCGAUCGCUUUAUCGAUUACGAAAAUAUAUUCACUCGCGCUCGAUCCCGAUCUCCAUGCGCCUUCAUUCCUUAUCCCGCGUGACACGGCGAUAGGCACGAGAGAAAUUAGCUUGCCGUUGGCGCGAUAAGAGGUUCUCGGUUUCAAAAUCAAAAUAAAACCGUUGCCGGUCGCGUCUCGUGGCUCGAGAGAAGAAUAAAAGUAAGAAUUUCGAAGAGAGUUUGGUGAAUCGAUUUUUUUUUUUCGCGAAAAGGUUAAUAAUCGUAUAUAAUAUAGAAAGAAUAAUCUCUCGACGCGUUGAAUCGAGUUCUCUCUUCGUCCCCCGGCAGUCUGAGUCAGAAAUAUUAUGGACGGAAGAAGGAGGGAUUAUUGUUCUCUCGCCACGCGGCGGAAUACGCAUCGAUGAUAUCGGUUCACCGAUGUCGAGUGCCGCGUUUCGUUCGUUCUGACUCACUCUGCUCCGUAUACGGCCGCAUUUCGUGUGGAUGUCGAACAGGGGGAUCGCAGCAGCCGACUAAUUCUUGGUAAAUGGACACAGAUGUGCCGCCCAUCCUUCUCCCGUGCGCGAUAUGCGCACGGACAUUUAUGCCUCAGUCGUUGGAGAAGCACGCGAGGAUCUGCGAGCGGUCCGCGAACAAGAAGAGGAAACCAUUCGACUCGGCCAAGCAGAGGAUCCAGGGUACCGAGCUGGCCGAAUUCUUGCCCAGGCAAGAGAAGAAGCGACGAUCGCCCGAAGAGAAAUCCUCCAAGUCUUGGAAGCAGACGCACGAUGAUUUUCUACGGGCCAUUCGCGCGGCUCGCAACGAAAUCGUGGACUCGACCAUGCAAAAGCAAUGCAGCACGACGAUCACGUCGAGCGCGCCAACGCGGGCCAACGAGCAGGGCAUGUGCCCCACGUGCAAUCGUCAUUUCGGCGUCAAGGCGUACGACAGGCACGUGGCCUGGUGCAAGGAGAGGAUCGCCCGGGUGCCGGUCAGCCCAGCGACGAACAUCGCCAAGGAACGGCUCGAAGCGCGGAUGAAGUAUCGGGCCCCGGCCGUGAAGAGUCGCCGGCAGGCGACCCGCGAGAAAUACUCGCCGGGCUCGGCGAUCACUCUCAGCGCUGGGAACAAGAUGUCCCCGGGCUUGGUCCCGAACAAAGCCAAGGAGAGCGCCUCCGCACCGUCCUGCAACAACAAGAGCAACGACAGCCCCGUUAAACAGAAAACCACUCUCGUCAGACGUUCCAAUCCGAUGAAGGAGUCCACCUCGACAAUCCCCCCGAUGAAGUCUCGAUUGCCGGAUCGUACGAAUAGGCAACUCGAAGACGAUGCCGGACCGUCCACAUUUCGACCUGCUCCCCCUGUUAAAAGAAUCUCCCACCUCCCAGUCCCGCCUUUAAAAGCGCAUAAGAGAGAAAGUUUCGACGAGUGGAACGGCAAUAAUAACAAUAACACCGCUCCCCCCGUAUCGCCGAGAUCGUGUAACAAGAGACGAGAAGGAACGAGAAAGUCGUUAGUUAGAGCGAGACAGGACGGUGAGCAGAUGGCGAGCAACGGUCAAAAAACAGGAGCGAGGCAACAGGACGAGAAACAUCAACAAACAUUACACUCGGCUAGGUCGUUGAAAAUGAACAUCGUCUCGGCGAGAAGUCAGGGGAAUCCGAAAGUGAACGACGUCUCGAUCAACGACGAUAUCGUGGGCAUCACCGUGAAACCUUGCAACAUAUACGGGAUCAAUAAUCAAUUGACCACGUGGAAACAGAUCGCUGAAACGGAUCAGACAAAGAUAUUGAUUAGCAGGCAGUGCGAGGACGAGGAUCUUCUCCUCCCCUCGACGGGGAACGAGAAACGAGCGACGAGGACGGACAACGAUAACGACGAGGACGCCGCGUCGAAGGAGAAGGAGGAGGACGGGGCGAGGAAAUUGAGCUCGAGAAGCGAGAGCAUGAAUUGGUCGUCGACCACGACAACGUUGAAUCAGACGUACUCGUUCAGGGAGGCAGGGGCCAGGGUGUGCGACGACCGGUCGACAGGUGCGAGGAGCAGAAGGUGGAGGCCGGUCAGGCACAGCCCCCGCGUUGAAUUCUGCUUGAAAGAGCCGGUCAAAGUGAACCAGAUCUACGUCUCCUCCCUGUUCUCGGGGGAAAAGGGGAAUAGGUGUCACGGGGAUCCUUCGAGCGAGGAAAGAAGGGGAGGCGAGGAGAGGCUCGCUGCUACGAAACAGGAGAGCAAUCGUUACUUCGAAAAUUCGUCGAAUUUCAACUCCUCGGCGAGGAGUAAUAAUAAAAUAUUCGAGAAGAAAGGAUCGACCGGCGGUUACACGGACAACGAGGAGGAGGAGGAGGACGAGGAGGAGGAGGAGGAGGAGGAGGAGGACGACGAUUCGGAGAACGACAAUUUCGAGAUGUUAAACUCGGCGUCGAGAAGUUUGAGGGGGAAGAAGGUGGACGUGGACGCGUUGAGCGCAGGCGCGGCGGCGAAAAGAAGGGGGAAUCCGUUGGACUACGAAGUGGGCGGGGCGAUCGAGGCGAACAUCGAGGCGAACGAAAAUUCUUCCCUGUUCGAGAAAAAUUUGAUCGCCUCUAUCUCGUACGAGUUCACCGAUCUGAACGAGUACGAUGAUUUCACCGAAAAGGAACGGGACAAGAAUCGUGCGGGGGAGGAACAGGACGAGGAGGAGGAGGAAGAGGAAGACAGUCGAUUGUACGACGACGAGCGAGCAUCGUACGAGGAUCGUUCGUGCAAGGAGAUUGGAAAGAAUUGCGUGGAGAGCGAGAAAACGAACGAGGGAUUGUUCAAGAGCGAGGAGACGAAUUGGAUCGAGAUGGAAACCGAGCCCUCCUUCCUCACCGAGAUCAUACUUCAACCGUCCAGAUCGAGCACCCCGUUCGUAAGCUUCGAGGCGCGUUCCCCGAAGGAGAGAUACGACGAAGGAGAGUACGAAGUGAACGCGAAGGAAAACUCGAUGGAGUGGAAGGUGGAGAUAGACACGGAGACAGGUUCUGAAGUGUUGUAUCGCGUGGAGAACAACAGCGGGGAUUCGAAUCGUUCGAGCUCGAGGGAGGAGGGCUCGUCCCGUCCCGUGGAAAGAGAUUUCGCGAGAUUCCCCUCGACGCUGCAAAACGAGAGAAAGACUCCUUUCUCAGAGGGCGCCACGUCUCCCUCGUUGAGAAGGAAGGAGGAGAAAACCGUUCGAUCGCCGAUCGCGUAUCCGCCCGAGAAGGACGAGCGGGUAAUAUUCCCGAAGAGGAAAGAGAUCGGGAAUCAGAUAAACAUUUGCGAUUGCUCGAAGGAAAUAUCCCCGAAUAAUUGGUCCAAGUGCGAGAAAGGUGUGGGCGAGUGUUCGAUCGCCGAUACGAACGCCGAGAACCGAGAAUUGGCACGCGACGUGCAAGACGCGAUAUUGGAAAAUUGCGGUGCGCGAAGAACGAACAACUCUGAGAACAAUUUUAAUUCGGACGUGAUCGAGUCGUCGACGAGCCAAUUGAACGCGAAUCUGGAAACGGACGAUAUCGCGAUGAAAGAUGCGGACAGUUUGAGGAAUAAUAUGGAGGAGGAGGAGGAGGAGGAGAACGAGGAGGUUCAAGAGAUCUACUCGGCCAAGGAUUUCGAUUGCGACAGCGAUAACAGCGUGGAGAAUCAGGUACAGGAGCCGACGAACGAGACGAAAUGUUCGAAGAAGAGAACGGAGGAGAAAACGAGGCAAACACUUCCGAGCUUGCGAUCGAUAAUUUUGUCCGAGUCGUGCGUGAAACUGAGCCAACGCGUUCAAAUGGAGGAUUCGAAUCGAUCGACAGCCCUGAAAUCCCGCCGGUCGAGAAGGGUAGAGAUAGAGAAUAGAAUUCAUCAGGAGAACGUCGAGACAGUGGAAGUGGAGACCAUCGAGGAGAUAGGAACGAGGAAUAGAAGCAUCAAAUUUCGAAUAUUGCCGGAGAUAAAGGGGACAGGUGUGCUCGCGAAGAGGAGCUACGACGAUAAAGAGAGAAGCGAUCCUCAAACGUAUUGGGAGAAAGCGUCGAAAGCAACGAGGAAUCGUUUGAUCAAUCUCGAUCCGCCGUAUCAGGGGGCGAGCAGGUUUCUUAAGAGAAAUCCAAAAGUUCAUAUCCUUCCCCCCGUUCCAAGUAGCUCUUCCUUGGUUAACCGCAGGAAUAUAAAACUGCCAUUACAUCCCGUAUGGAGCAAUUACGUGCGCAGAAGACCGGAUUUUAAUCUCUUGCUUAGCAGUAGAACCGGGAAGGAUUAUGAUCCUUUCUUAUUGGCGGAGCAACAGAUGAACGACCUGCUCUCAGACACCAGCGAGCAAUCCGUGGCGGAUAGCUGUCCAUCGAUCGAUCAAAAUUCCCGCCAAAAAUCAUUCCCUCUCUCUCAUUCCUCGGCAUUCGUCAAAUAUCCUUGCCAAUCCUCGCCCAACGCCGGCCACGAGAAACGUUCCUCCUCGAUACCAGCUCCCCCAACCGAACUCGACGACAUCACCUCGGACUUCUCGAGCGAUUCCACCGAGACGAACUCGUUGUCCCGUGAACUUUUCUCUCUGAAAGACGAGAAAGAACGGGCGAAAAAUUGUAGAGGGACGAAUCCAGAGAGGAGAUCCCCGGUCAAGGAAUUGGGUAGACGGGUGAUCAUAGAUAAAUCGAGAGCGUUGGGAGGGGACGAGUUGGUCGAGGAGGGGAAUAAAAGCGUGGCGGGCGAGGCUCGUAAGAUCGCGGAGCCUAGAGCGUCGGUAAAGAUGAUUCGUCCUGUUGUCGACCGUUCCCCGUCCGUUCGCGCCUCUUCCGCGCCCAAGGCUGGCCAAGAACGCGGGAAAAAUCCCGCGUCGAAAAUCCAUUCCCACGACGAGAACGCGUUGCCGUCACGUAAAAAUAAGAAUUCGAACGGGAGGAAUAACAAUUAUCCUUUGAAUCUUUCGAGCAGCAACUUGAGCCUUAGCUCGAUAAUAUCCUCGGACGUGGACAUGAAACGAUCGAAUUCAGUGUUCGACGAGUUGAUGACCUCGUUCGAGGAGGACGAGAACGGUGCGUUCGUUCCAUCCUUGAAAUCCCUUCUGAAAACCGAUUCCUUGUCCAGCCCUGUCCACGCGUCCAGACAUCGCAACGGCCGUAUCAGCGACGAGGAACUGUCUUCGCCCGAGAGUUACAAGAGGCAGGAUCACAAUAAAAUGAGCGGAGAUUCCGCUUACAGCAGUUUAAAUCGCAAAUAUUCACACCACGGACGCAGCACCAACGACGUUGCCGGACGUUUCGACGAGGAUACGUCGAGGAGCAACCGUCGCGACGGGGACGGUGGUGGGGGGAUCCACGUGGUCAAGUGCAAGAUGUCCAAGUAUUGCCAUCAGUGCGGCUUCAAAUUCCCCGAAACCGCCAAAUUUUGUUGCGAAUGCGGCAUCAGGAGGCUCGUGCUCUGAAACUUUCGGCUGGUCGACAGCCAUGAACGACUUCGAAGAAGAAGCGAUCAACUUCGAGUAAAUUGUCAAACGAUCUUCGAUCGUAGACAUUUUCUUUUUUUUUUUUCUUCUUUUUCUUCUUCUUUGACAAAAAAAGGCAAAAAAACUUCAAAACUUUAAAAUUGCAGAUUAGAUGAUAGAAAGAACGAUUCGAAUGUAAACACAAGGUUCAAGAACAAAUGCAAAUGUCGAAGCACGGAUGAUGAUAAAAAAAAAAAAAUAUAUAUAUCAGCACACGAAGGAAUUGAAAAGAAGAGUUUAUUUUUAAAUAUUCGUGGAACUGUUUAGAGAAGAGAAGAAUUUUAUUCUUGCAGUUUAGAAUUGAAAGCUAUGUAUCUAUCUACGUAUACUCUAGUCACACGUUUUGGUCUAUUGAAAUUUAAAGGAAGAAGUUUUAAAAAGAAAAGAAACGGUGAAAUUUAUCUGGUAUAUCAGGGAACACGGAAGAGGAAGCAGAAAGCAGUCAAGCAAGAGAUAGCUGAGAUUUCUAUUAUAUAAUAUAUAUAUAUAUAUAUUUUGAUUAGAAAGGGAGAGAAUUAGAUUUUAAAAAUUUAAUUGAUUCAAGAUUUCACGUCCUCCCAAUAUUCAAGGAUCAAACUUGUUCUAUGUGAAGAUUCGUAUUGGAUACGAAUGAUGAAAGUUGCAGAACGUGAUACAAUGAUAUUGUUCAUAAUUAUUCGAAUUAUUUUACGCGACUCUAUAAUAUUUUAUAUUUAUAUUGGAAUAACACGAUAAAAUUUAUGAAAAAUUUAUACGUAUAUAUAUAGUAUGUGCACAAGAUCUAAAUUGUAAAUUUGAAUCGGUGUAAGAAAAAUCCUUGGAUGUAAGAAUUAUCAGAUUUAUUCACGUAAUAACUUCUGGCACUAAAUUCUGAUUGAUGGAAUAAUCGAUUAUUUGAAUAAUUGUGAACAAUCGAUUAUUGUACGGCAUUACGAAUACGGAUAUAUUUUAUUGAAAUUUCAUUAAUUUAUUAAGCGUGUAUGCGUUUAUUGAAAGAGAACUUUACGUUUGCUUUUUGUUGAAAAACAAGUACUUAAACGCGAAAGGACGGAAACGAAUAAUUUUAUAGUAGCGUUUCUUCGGUUACAUUGUUCAUUGUUGGUAAUAUUACUCACGCCUCUUUUUUACUCAUUCAGACUUUACCGUCUGUGAACAAGCGAUUAAAAAAUCCGUCUUCUUUUUUUCCUUAUUACAUUUAUCGAAUAUAACGAUUUUUUCUACGCGCUUUUUAUAUUAUACGCUAGUACGACACGAAGAAGAAAAAAAAAAAAAUGAAGAUGAAAAUCGGAUCACGAUUAUUUUAUAUAAGUAUGUAUGUGUGUGUAACAAAACGAUCGUAGCGUAAGUUUAAAGAAAGUAUUUAUAUUAGGAAUAGGUUGAAUUGCUAGUACAAUUUUCGCGCUCGAAUAACAAUCGGUUAAUUAAAUCGUUGCUAACAGUUAACAAAUUACGGGUGAGUAACCAAAUGCACCGUUUUUGUUUUUUUUUUUUUUUUUUUUUUU